UUAUUUUGAAGGAGGACACCGGAAAUGCUUAAACUUUCUAGCGAAUUUGACACAGUGUAAACAUGGCGAACCUGGCAGAAGUCGGCUGGAAACUCCUGGAAUUCAAAGCCCGAUCAAAAAGAUCAGAUUUGUGAUUUAGCUGAGAGAGACGAUUGGCCUUAAUUUCACCUUUUGAGAAUGGCCGGUUCAGUGGCUGCGAUUGCCCGGCCUCAUCGGAAAGUUCACAGACUCGGUUCCAUCUAUGAACCUCUCAAGCUGUCCAUUCUCCAGCGUGAGGAUGAGCCCCUAUGGGAGAAGCUGGACCGCUACUACAAAGCCGUCAAGACAACCAUUCUGAACUACCAGAGUCCCACCACUGGCCUUUUCCCGGUCAAAACAUGCUCCACCUGCAAGGAGGCCAAGGUCCGGGACUCCCUGUACUGUGCUGCUGGUGCCUGGGCCCUGGCUAUCGCCUACCGACGGAUUGAUGACGAUAUGGGGCGGACCCAUGAAUUGGAGCAUUCUGCCAUCAAGUGCAUGAGAGGGAUCCUUUACUGCUACAUGAGACAGGCUGAUAAGGUGGAGCAGUUUAAACAGGAUCCCAGUCCCUCCAAGUGUCUGCACUCAGUGUUCGAUGUAGACACCGGUGACGAGGUGUACUCCUACAGCGACUACCACCACCUGCAGAUCGAUGCUGUUUCUCUGUUUCUGCUGUACCUGGUGGAGAUGAUCUGCUCUGGUCUGCAGAUCAUUUACAACACUGAUGAGGUUUCCUUCAUCCAGAACCUGGUGUUCUGUGUGGAAAGAGCCUACAGGGUGCCUGACUAUGGCAUGUGGGAGAGAGGCAGCAAAUACAACAAUGGUAGCACUGAGCUGCAUUCCAGCUCUGUGGGCCUGGCUAAAGCUGCUCUGGAGGCAAUCAAUGGAUUCAACCUGUUUGGAAACCAGGGCUGUUCGUGGUCCGUGAUAUUUGUGGAUCUGGACGCCCACAACAGGAACAGGCAAACCCUGUGCUCCCUACUGCCCCGAGAGUCUCGCUCACAUAACACAGAUGCAGCCUUGCUUCCAACAAUCAGCUAUCCUGCCUUUGCAGUAGAUGAUGAUGCCCUCUACAGUCAGACACUGGACAAGAUUGUCCGCAAGCUGCGGGGCAAAUACGGCUUCAAACGUUUCCUCCGUGAUGGCUACCGCACCACUAACGAAGACAAGAAUCGCCGCUACUACAAACCUGCUGAAAUGAAGCUUUUUGAUGGAAUCGAGUGCGAGUUUCCCAUAUUUUUCAUCCACAUGAUGAUUGAUGGGGUGUUCAGAGGAAAUAAAGCUCAGGUCAAAGAAUACCAGGACCUCCUUGAACCCAUCAUCUUCCAGUCCUAUGAGGGUCAUGCAGUCAUCCCCAAAUACUACUACGUACCGGCUGACUUUGUGGAGGCGGAGCAGAACAAGCAUGGAAGCCAGAAGCGUUUCCCUAGCAACUCUGGCCGUGAUGGGAAGGUCUUCCUGUGUGGUCAGGCCCUUUACAACAUCGCCAAGCUGCUGGUGGAUGAGCUGAUCAGCCCUAAAGAUAUUGAUCCCAUCCACCGCUAUGUGCCCCGCCAGGACCAGCGCAACGUCAGCAUGCGAUACUCCAAUCAGGGUCCCAUAGAAAAUGAUGUUGUGAUUCACGUAGCCCUGAUAGCAGAGAGCCAGAGACUGCAGGUGUUUUUGAACACCUAUGGCAUUCAGACCCAGACGCCCCAGCAGGUGGAGCCCAUCCAGAUCUGGCCUCAGAAGGAAUUGGUCAAGGCAUACCGUUUCCUUGCCAUCAAUAAGAAGCUGGGGUUGAGUGGGCGUCCGGAGAGGCCAGUGGGCUGCAUCGGGACCUGCAAAAUUUAUCGUAUCCUGGGCAAGACAGUGGUGUGCUACCCAAUAGUAUUUGAUCUAAGUGACUUUUACCUGUCCCAAGAUGUUAUGCUGCUGAUUGAUGACAUUAAGAACGCCCUGCAGUUCAUCAAACAGUGCUGGAAGAUGCAGGGACGUCCUCUCUUCCUGGUUCUCAUCCGUGAGGAUAACAUCAAGGGGAGCCGCUUCAACCCAGUCUUGGACAUGCUGGCCUCGUUCAAGAAAGGCAACAUCGGAGGGGUCAAAGUUCAUGUUGACAGACUUCAGACGCUGAUAUCUGGAGCAGUGGUGGAGCAGUUGGACUUCCUGCGUGUCAAUGAGGCCGAGAUCCCAGAGUUUAAGAGCUUUGAGGAGCUGGAGCUGCCUAAGCACUCCAAGGUGAAAAGACAGACGAGUACACCCAACGCCUCAGACCUGGAGCAGCAGCCAGAGAUCAGUGUGGAGGAGUGGCUGCACAAGCCCACCCAUGAGGUCAUCCAGAAGUUCCAUGACUGCGACUGCUUGGCCAGUCAGGCUCAGCUUGCGGGCAUCCUUCUUAGGAGAGAAGGACCAGACUUACUUGCCAAAGAUGAGAACCUGAUGGAUGAACUGGAGAGAAUCUACAGAAGAGCUGGCAGCAGAAAGCUUUGGUCAGUUGUCCGUCUUGCCGCCAGUCUCUUAACUAAGCUGGUGGACAGCCUUGCCCCCAGUAUUACUAGUGUUUUAGUGCAUGGCAAGCAGGUGACCCUGGGUCUAUUCGGGCAAGAGGAGGAGGUGAUCUCCAACCCACUGUCGCCAGGGGUGAUCCAAGGCAUCAUCUACAGCAAGUGCUCCCCUCACGGUGGGGAGCGGGAGGCCGUUCUUCAGCAGGAGCUGGUCAUCCAUAUCGGAUGGAUUAUCUCCAACACCCCAGAGCUGUUCAGCGGCAUGCUCAAGAUCAGAGUCGGAUGGAUUGUCCAGGCCAUGAAACAUGAGCUGAAGAUCCGGGCGGGAGACAUGCCACCCCAGGACAUCUACCAACUCUCCCCCAGCGACAUCAAGCAGCUCCUGCUGGAUGUCCUGCAGCCACAAUACACUGGCAGGUCUUGGCUGAACAGACGUCAGAUCGAUGGCUCUCUGAACAGGACCCCUCUCGGCUUUUAUGAUCGUCUGUGGCAGAUCCUGGAGAGGACCCCCAACGGUAUUGUGGUGGCUGGGACUCACCUCCCACAGCAACCUACACUGUCUGACAUGACUAUGUAUGAGAUGAACUUCUCCCUGCUGGUGGAAGACACGCUGAAGAACAUUGUCCUGCCUGAGUACAGACAAAUCAUAGUAGAGUUGCUGAUGGUGGUGUCCAUAGUGCUGGAGAGAAACCCGGAGCUGGAGUUCAGCGACAAGGUGGAUCUGGACGGUCUGGUGAAGGAAGCCUUUAACGAUUUCCAGAGGGAUCGCAGUCACUUUGAAGCCGUGGAGAAACAGGAUGACAUGGAGGCAUUCUACAACACACCACCAGUGGGAAAAAGAGGCACCUCCAGCUACUUGACCAAGGCCGUUAUGAUCCAGUUGCUGCAAGGGGAUGUCAAGCCCUGCAAGGACGACCCGUGCUCUGUUAGCUAGAUUUACAAUGCUUUGACCCCAAAUCCCAGCCUGCUGCAGUGUAGUCAUUAAAUGGUCCGGCGAGGACUGCUGAGUAUCCGUCACAUGUAUUCAGAAGGUAACCUCUAACCUCUCCAGUCCUCCCUUUGGCAGAACUCUGCCCGCUCUUGCAAGCUACAUUUUUCCUGGACUUUUGCCUCAACAACAGUAGAAGCUAUAAGCAGAGUCUGCAGUUUGCUCCAGGGGUUAAAAUACAUCCACCAGUUAUGUUUAAUAUAAAAACAAAAAUGUUAAUAUCUGGUGGAAAUACUCACAAUAUCACCAGGGCCUCAUUUCUUUUACCUCUGCACAUUUUUGUUCAGUAUCCCAACUGUGCUGUGUAUUCAAAUUAAGAUUUUAAUAGAGUUACCAUGAUUUGCUCUAGUUAUGUAAUACCAUUGGUGGCUGGUCAUGUCAAAUGCCACAUAACAAGCAAACGUUGCCACAUAACUGUGGCAGCCAGAACAGACAACUAGCCCAGAACAGACAAACCAAACGCUGGCUCUAAAUAGGGUCGUUCACGUUUUUUCGCGGGUUUUGCAGCCACGUAGUUUCUCCUACACGCUCGGAAGGGGAGGGUGAUGCAAGCAUUAUUCAUAUGGUUGUAAACUGCAAUUUCACCACUAGAUGCCACUUAAUCCUACACACUGGACCUUUAAAAGUGUUUUUAAUUACCAUGGGUGGCUAGCUAUGUCACCUGACAACUAGCCCCCCAACUGCUGUUAUCUUGCCCUUUCUCCAGUAAUAAGGAUUUACCUAAAUGUCAAACUAUUUGUUUAAGUUUAAUAUUGCUUAGAAAUCCAAUUUUAUAUGCUGUCAGGCAUUUAAAAAUAAUGCUACUAUGAACUCUGCUAAGUGAACCAUGGGCUCAGAUGUAACUGUUCAAGCUGACCAGCAAUAACCUAUAGCUGUUACAUAGCAAUUCAGUCAGUACAAGGUCAUGUCGUAUCAUGAGAGAUGUGGUUCUUAAAUUGGUGCAUUUGGCUCCCAGGGGCUUCAAGAAUGCGUCACAUAUCACCAGAAAUAAAAAGUGAAAUCUGCCAUUAUUUUAUAUAUGAUCCAUCAGUAUAAAUUUAUGAAUCUUCAUCAUGUUGCAUCUUGAUGUGGUUAUCCUCAUCUAAGCUAUCUAUGGAUCUUUAGCAUUAGAAGGUUUGAGAACCACUGCACAUAAUAAGAUAUUUGGAUUUUAUAGUGAAUUACACAGUAUAUUAUUCAGCUGAAAAUACAUACAUGUCAGAGUUAGGUGUUUGUUGUACUGUGUUGAGGUUCUCCCUCUAUGCAUGCACUGUCUGCUGCAUGACAAUAGGUACUGUUUGCCAUAACUAUUGUGCCGGUUUCUCUUGGUCUAGGCUACAAAAUAGAGUUUCUGAGAGGUCCGUUUUGCACAGUAGGGCUCUGCAUGACAAUGACUACUGCUCAGCUGAAGUCCUGGGACUGAGGACCAUUUAGAAAAUGCUGUUUUGUUGAAUGUGGCCAACAGUAAAGACUGUUGUCAUCCUUAGGUGAAAAUUAUAGACUCACUUUAAAGCGUGCCUCUCUGAAUAUCAUCACUGUGAUGAAUCUGCCCAACCCUGUCACUGUGUGUGUGUGUGUGUGUGUGUGUGUGUUGUUUACAGUUGUUGUUCAAAAGAAGUAUUUUUAACUCAAACUGUAGUUUCAAAGAAUAAAGUUAUCAUGGAAACUCUAA